AUGGAUAUGACCAAUUGUUGUUCACUCUUUUACAAACCAGUCAAACAUGUUGCAAGAAAUGAGAGGAUUACUUUAACCAAUCCAAAAGAGAAAUCUUUACUUUUGAUCGGUCAAAAGCAUUCACCGAUUAGUUCAAGUCUUUUUGACCACCAUCAUUAUAAAUAA